AUGUGCCUGGGCGGACAGGCCUCAACAACAGUACAUCACGCUUUUCCAUAUCAUACUGGCACCCACAUAGUUCAGCUUGGCUCUGAUGUUGUCUUUGGACACACUUUGGACAACACUUUGGCUGAGUGUUUCCUACUGGCUGCCGUGGCCUAUGAUCACUAUGUGGCCACCCGCUCUCCACUUCUCUACUCUACACACAUGUCUUCCAGAGUCCGUAUCGUCUUAUUGGCUGCUUCCUAUCUGGGGGUGUGUGUGAAUGCUUCAUCAUUUACUGGCUGUUUAUUGAGCUUGACUUUCUGUGGACCAAAUAAAAUCAACCAUGUCUUCUGUGACCUCCCACCACUAGUGAAGCUUUCUUGUACCCAUAUUUAUGUUGCUGAAGUAUCUCCUGCCAUCUUAGGUGGGUCAAUCAUUGUAAUCACAUUGUUUAUCAUAGCUGUUUCAUAUCUAUACAUCCUGCACUUGGUCCUGAAUAUGCACCCCACUGAGGGAAGACACAAGGCCUUCUCUUUUUGUACUUCUCACCUCAGUGCAGCCACUUUAUUUUAUGGCACAGUCACAUUUGUUUAUGUCAUACCGAAGUCAAGCCACUCAUCCGACAAUAUUAAAGUGGUGUCUGUGUUCUAUACAGUGGUGGUCCCCAUGCUGAACCCCUUGAUCUACAGUCUGAGAAACAAAGAGGUGAAAGAGGCAAUGAGAAAAUUGAUGGCUAGAAAAAAUAGGUCAUUUUGA